UUUUUUCAAAUUUUUUAUCUUUUUUUGUAGAAAAGUGAGGAAAUAUUUAUUUUUAUUUUGUAUGGUUUCGGCUGCAGUUAUAGCUCGAGCAUUUGUAGCAAAUCAACAAGAAGCCUCUAGACGGGCAGCUUUAGCAGUAGAGGCAGAAGAAAAUAAAAUAAGUAAUGGGGGCGGCAUUACAUUGAUUGAUCAUUUGAGAGUUGCGGCACGUGCAAGUGUGGCGGGAUCAACAAGAAGAGAAACAAUUAGACGUACCCAGAGUAUGAAAAGUACACCAAAAUCACCAACAGAAAUGGAUGUGGGAAUAACAAGAACGGCAAGUUCAUCAACAGAACGGAACCCAAAGAAAAAAAAGAAAAAGAAAAAAGGAUUUCUCGAAUUUGGACCUUUACGUUUUAUUUCUUCGCCAAAAGAUGAAGGUAAACGUUUAAGACCAACAUCCCUUCAAAGACAAGAUACUAUUGGAAUACAAAAACCCGGACUUAGAGCUAUGCUUUAUGGAUUAACAUUGAAAAUGGAAAAAGAAGAAAAAUUACAAAAGAAAUUGACAAGAAAAAGAGAAGGUAAUUUAUAG